GUUACUGUUUGUAUGUGUUCAUUAGUGAAAGGUGCUUGAUGUGUCAGUGUUUUUGGAGUGACUGUAUUUUUUGUUAAAGUGACCUUUCAAAUAUGGGGACCUCGGUAUUACAGCCUGCUGUUAUUCGUCUAGUCGCAGGUUUUCUCUCCUUAUCAGGAUUUGGAGUUGAGGGAUACACGUACCACGUUCAAAGAGAGUGUCGCUUCAACUCCCACAGCCUGGAGGGAACUGAGUAUAUUGAACGGCGCAUUUUUAACAAAUUGGAGAUCACUCGAUACAACAGCACCUUGGGAAAGUUUAUUGGGUACACCGAGAUUGGGGUGUACAACGCGGACCGAUUCAACAAUGACUCCGGCGUGAUGGCAGGGAUGAAGUCUAACGUGGAUGCCGUCUGCAAGCGCAACGCUCAAAUCGAAUACGACCACAUCCUGGACAAGUCAGUGAAACCCACUGUCACAGUUAAAGCAACAAAACCUGAUGGUUCAUCUCAUGAGUACAUGCUGGUUUGCAGUGCUCUUGGCUUUUUCCCUAGAAAAAUUAAGGUGACCUGGCUUAGGAAUGGAGUGGAGGUAAAAUCAGGUGUCACUUCAACAGAAGAGAUGUCUAAUGGCAAUUGGUACUACCAGAUACAUUCUCAUUGGGAAAUGACACCUCAGUCUGGGGAGACGUAUGCCUGUAAGGUGCAGCACAAGAGUGUGUCGGACCAACCCAUCAUAGUGCAAUGGGAUCCAUCUAUGCCAGAAUCAGAUCGAAACAAAAUCAUCAUUGGGGUGUCUGCUAUUGUUUUAGGGUUGGUUAUUGCAGUUGCUGGUUUAAUUUAUUACAAGAAGAAAUCUACAGGUCGUAUCUUGGUGCCAUCAAGUUAAGGACCUGUGGUUGGACUGUAUUGAAAAAUGGAAUGAUCCUUUCUCUCUUGACAUGGAAAACUAUGCUUGUAAUGUUUCAGUUAAAAUUGUAUUAUGUAUAUUUUCUAUAUGUUUUUACUGUCUCAUGGUAUCAUUUUUAUAUAAUGUAUAAAACUAAUAAGUAAUCUGAAAAAUAUAAAAUAACAACUACUGUAUACAUGGAUCAGUAAUUGAAAACUUUUGCCUUGGUUUAUCUUAUGUAAUUGAAACAUUCUUGUCAUCUAGAGCUCUUGUGCUAUGUACUUUUUAUAAUAGGUGUUUCCAGAUAUUUUACUUAUUAAGUUUAAUAUAGCUGGAUAUUUUGCCAUAUUUUUAAAGGUCAUUAGUAGAAAUUAAAACCAUCUUAUAUCAGACUACAUUGUUAACAGUGUAUUACAGAGUGUGUUUAAUGAUCAGUUAUAGCUGGCUGUUUAUUUUUUCUGACAUUUGGGAUAAUUAAGGAAUUAGUGUGUAUGGAAGGAAAAUGCAGAGCUCAUAGUAGAUGAAAGGAAGUAAAUGCUAUAAUGAUAAAAACAUAUACUGUAAUAAAUUAUGUCAAAUAAAAUAAUUAUAAAGAGAUUUUAAUAAAUAAGUUAUGGCAUUAAGUUUUGAUUAUCUGUUUCGAUAAGAAAAUCUGUUGUUAUGUAAGGUACCUUUUGAAACAUUGUAAUGUAUUGAUCUCUCUUUUAAAUCACAUGCACUGGUUGGACUUGCAGUGAAUGAUGCGCUGAUUCUUUGUUAAUUAUAACAAUUAAAAACCUGCUAAACUGCUUGAA